AUGGGGGGUGGGAGUUCCGGGGGGUGGCCUGCACCUGCACCGCAAACCGGAGGUGGGGGUCAAGGGGGCUCAGGAGGUUGGCCUGCACCCGGAGGUGGGGGUUCAGGGGGCUCAGGGGGCUCAGGGGGUUGGCCUGCACCCGGAGGUGGGGGUCCAGGGGGCUCAGGGGGCUCAGGGGGUUGGCCUGCACCCGGAGGUGGGGGUCCAGGGGGGUCAGGGAGUUGGCCUGCACCGCAAUCCGGAGGCGGACCCAGUCCCUCCCAAGGAACUGGGCCCAAAACAACUUCACUGGCGGUGCCCUUCAGUCAAAGCUUCCCCCAUGGACUGAGAUCAGGAACUAACAUCUCUAUCAGCGGAACGAUCAAACCCAACGCUAACAAGUUCAUUGUGGAUCUCGGCUCGUCGCGGGACUUGGCCUUCCACUUCAACCCUCGCUUCAACGAGUACGGAAAGAAGGUGGUUGUGAGGAACAGCAGGAUUGGCAACAAAUGGGGGACGGAGGAGCGACACCUGGACGGUCGCUUCCCCUUCGCGACGGGUCAACCUUUCCAGAUGAGGAUCCAGUGCACCGACCAGAUGUUCAAGGUCUUCGUGGACAGCAAUCCCCCGCUGGAGUUCAAGAAUCGCGGGACGCCGUUAGGAAACGUCAACAAGCUGACCAUCUGCGACGACGUCACGCUGUCGCAGGUCAACAUCAACUGACCUUUCACCCCAGCAUGACCUUGCGCCCAAGCCUGACCUUUCACCCCUCAAAUCUGCUCGCAGGCUUCCUGCUUAAGUCAAGCCAAAUAAAAAGUUGUUGAGGAGACUUUUUCCUUCUUGUUUGAAAA